AUGAUGACCUUGCCGACCAAUGCUACAAGCCCCAUAGCGGACCACCGGGCCAUCGUCUCGGGUCCUUCCUAUCGCUUCACGAUCCUCACAGAUCGACUGAUUCGGUACGAAUGGGCUCUCGAUGGACAGUUCGAGGAUAGAGCUUCUACAUUUGCCAUUAAUCGGCAUUUUCCUGUGCCCAAGUUUCACGUUAUCGACGACAAUGAUCUGGAAAUCAUCACCGAUAAUUUCCACCUGACCUACAACAAAAAAAGAUUCUCAUCGACAGGUUUGGUCGUUUACUUCAACUUCAGGCAUACAGAGUGGGGGGCUCCAUGGCGGUAUGGGGUCUCAGCAGAGCUCAACCUGGGUGGUACAGCUCGGACACUGGACCUUUGCAACGGCCGUUGUGAUAUGGGGGAAGGCAUCAUGUCCAGAGCAGGGUAUGCUACCCUUGAUGAUUCAAGUUCAAUGCUGUUUGAUGGGGAUUUUGUGGCUGGCAGAAGGAGCGGAGACCGCGUGGACGGCUAUCUCUUUUGCUACGGCCAUGACUACAAGGCGGCCAUCAAGGCAUUCUACGCAGUAUCUGGCAAACAGCCCACUUUGCCUAGAUACGCUCUAGGCAACUGGUGGAGCCGGUACUACGCUUAUCAUCAGUAUGAGUAUAUCCAGCUUAUGGAUAAGUUCCGUGCCCAUGACAUCCCUAUGUCAGUCGCGGUAGUGGACAUGGAUUGGCAUAUGGUGUCAGAGGAGUGUGUGCCUCAUUCCGGGUGGACUGGUUAUACCUGGAAUAAGAACCUUUUCCCAGAUCCAGAAAAUUUUCGACGUGAUUUGCAUCAGAGAAAUCUUAAGAUCACGCUCAACGAUCAUCCUCACAAUGGAAUCCACUCACACGAAGACUCUUAUGAGGAGAUGGCCCUAGCUUUAGGCCACAGCACCGACCAGAAAAAGCCAAUCCUCUUCGAACCUACAGACGUCAACUUCAUGAAAGCAUACCUCGAGAUUCUGCACCGUAAACUGGAGAAGACCGCGUGCGACUUUUGGUGGAUUGACUGGCAGCAAGGCCCGUACUCCAAAGUUCCUGGCCUCGAUCCUCUCUGGCUGCUGAACCAUUUCCACUAUCUUGAUCAUGGACGGGACGGUAAUACUACUCCACUUAUCUUCUCACGAUACGCCGGCCCUGGAAGCCACCGAUACCCAGUUGGCUUCUCAGGUGAUACUUUGGUGACUUGGGAUUCGCUCGCCUUCCAGCCGGAAUUCACUGCAACUGCGUCGAAUAUUGGAUACGGCUGGUGGAGCCAUGAUAUUGGCGGUCAUCUUUUUGGAUGUCGAGAUGAUGAGCUUGUCACCCGCUGGGUACAACUUGGCGUGUUUUCACCCAUAUUUCGCCUGCAUUCAUCAAAUUCAAAGUGGAUGUCCAAGGAGCCAUGGUUGUACCGCGCGGAAUUUCAGGGGGUCAUGACGGCAUUUAUGAAGUUACGGCAUCGCUUGGUGCCAUUUUUAUAUACACAAAGCAUUGUCUGUUCCAUAAAGGAUGAGCCGCUGGUGCAACCCAUGUAUUGGGGUUAUCCAGAAAUUGACCAGGCGUAUUCAUUUCCCAACCAGUACAUAUUCGGAUCCGAGCUUUUAGUUGCUCCCAUUGUCAAGUCUCGAGACAGAAUAACAAACUUGGCUGCAGUCAAGGCGUGGUUGCCACCUGGUCGUCGCUACGUUGAUAUUUUCACUGGCAUUGUGUACGACGCGGAUCGCGGGAAUACUUUCUAUCGACGGAUAGAGGAAUACCCCGUUUUGGCACGUGAAGGAACAAUUAUUACCAUGGAUGCGAACUCCGCUCCACUCAAUGGCUGCUUGAACCCUGACAUAUUCGAGUUUGUUAUCGUAGUUGGACAUGAUGCCCAGUGCACUGUUCUAGAGGAUAUGGGCGACGAUGUACUAGAGAAGAUGCCAGAAAGGGGACACCAAAGGAAAGCUGUCGUUAAUUUCGAGCAGGCUCAAGGAACAUUGAACGCCAAGCUAGUCAAUAGACCCUCAAAAUUCCGUUUCUUGUCGGUGUUAUCGAUUCCCAAUAACUUGAAAGUAUACAACUACAAGGGCGUUGAUUGGACUCAAUACGCCAAGGUCACGGUUGAGAUUGAUUGUCAAUUCCCCGGCCUCCUUGUUGAAUGCCCGUUUAUAUCGGAGGACAGCGGCUCAAUCACCAUCGAACUUGGCACCAAUCCUCAACUUGACGUGAUAGACCCCAUUGCCCGUAUUGAGCGCCUGAUAGUGGACUAUCAAUGCGAAUUCGAGGUCAAGGAUCGAAUGUGGAACAUAGUGACCGCCCGUAAACAGUCUCCCCUGAAUACAGUGAUAGGGUCGUUGAUGUCGCUGGGAUAUGACGAGGGGAUUGUGGGCCCUGUGAUAGAGCUGCUGUUGGCCGAUGCUCGGCCAUACUCGCAAUUUGACAGUACAGCACUCCCUAGUAAUUAG